CAUGUCGACUUGGAGCGAGGAUCCAAGAUGGCGGUGGAGUGAGAGUGUGUCUAGUAAGCCUCCGUGAAACACGAACGAUUUGUCUUGGAUAAUCAAGUCGUGUCGUGCCAAAAUUUGUUCUAUGCAGUCCUAAGGUGUCACGUGACCCGUUGGUGAGAGAACCCGGUGGAUUUACUAGUCAUGGAUUCUCCAGCAGCUGCGAUAUUCCUCCUGGCCGUCCUCGCCGCCGCCGCCAAUGCUCAACUAAUACAGCGACCGAACAAAGAGGUGACGAUCACGAGCGUCCGCAUCAUAUGUAACAGCAAUGAUAUCGUCGUCUCCAUCGAAACCAACGCCGCCUUCAAUGGCAUGAUCUAUCCGAAGGGGCUCUCCAAGAACUCCUCGUGCAUGUCCGAGUUCAGGGAGCAGAACAGUCCUGUGCUGUACAAGUUGCCGCUCAAAUCGUGCAGCACCAUGAGCUCGGAGAUGGAGGACGGCAUCGAGUACUUCAACACCGUGGUGGUUCAGCCUCACCGGAAGCUGGUCACCAAUCAGGGCCGCGGCUACCACAUCCGCUGCAAGUACCAGACGCAGGAGAAGACGGUCACCAACGCCUUCAACGUCAGCGGAGACUUCGUUACGGACGCAGAAUGGAAGGCACCAAACGGGUCCAGCUUCAUCGGCACUACCCCGCUGACAGCCACGGCGCCCAUGCCCGGCUGCUACAUGCGGAUCUUCGCCGGCACUCCCGAUGACAAGCAGGUGGCCGAGAACGUGCGCAUCGGCGACCCGCUCACCAUGUCCAUCUCCCUUGACGACCAGGAGAUCUACGGCAUGAAGGUGACGGACUGCCUCGUGCGGGACGGCCUCGGCUGGGGCGAACAGAUGCUCAUCAACGGUGACGGGUGUCCCGUCGACUAUGAAAUCUUCGGCGCCCUCGAGUACUCUCCCUCCAAGACGUCCGCGACUGUCCGCUUCCAGGCGCACAAGUUCCCCUACACCUCGUCCGUCUACUACCAGUGCAACGUAAAGCUCUGCAUCAAGAACGCUGGCGGCUGUGACGACGUGCCGCCCGUGUGUGUGGAGGGAGAGAACGUCCUGCGUCGCCGCCGCCGCAGGGACGUGUCUGAAGUGGACGGAAACGGCAACUUGGACGAGGUGGAGGCCGAGGUCGACGAGAACUUGACCAUCGAGGUGUUCACUGGCCUCUACGUGAACGAGGACGAGGAGCUGCCGGAUCCCGAGGGAGCAUCGGACACACUGUCGCCGAUCAAGGAGGAGGUGGAGGACGACCCCAACACCUUCUGCCUGUCGCCUAAGACCUUCGCCAUUGGCAUCGCCAUCGCCGGCCUCAUACUCAUGAUCGCCGUCAUAGCAUCAAUUCUUAUUCUCAUCUCGCGACGGCGCAGAAGAAAGGAAGACUCCACCACGGGCUCCUCCAUCUACUCCAGCCCGUAUACUAACACCGCCUACAGCCACUCAUCUUAGACGCCGGCUGCCCGUCCCCACACUUAUGUAGCUUUAUUCAUACACUCGUAACUUGUUCAGCACAGAUUUUUAGGCAGAAUCCCAUACACUGACGUUCUCGGUGAGGUUCCUGGGAUUCUGACUCGAAAUUCAAACGUCCCGCCAUGCGAUGUGAAACAGAUUCGUCGUGUUCGAGACCGACUCGAAGCGCAUCCCGUUCCCCGCGGCGCCUCGCCCGAGCCUCAGUCUCCCUGUGUGGACGCGGCGGCUUGGCGGCGACCUUUACACUCCUGGUCAACGGUAGGACGUAGGACAUGUUUAGGUGAGUGAGCUAUGAACUGGCUGGCUAGUAAAUGUGCCGUUAAGAGUUUGGCAGGAACUACGAAUGUGUGCUUGUUCUAUAGGAGUAAUGUAAUAGUAGAGCAGAGUAUAUAAUCAGGUGGUUAUCCCAUCUCCCCGUCAUCGUUCACUCGUCUCCGUCCAAUUAUUGAUGAAUGCCACUUUGUAUUAGGUUUUCUAGAGAACAGAGUUUCGCCAACGCAAGAACCGUUCGAAAAAUGUAAGGAUUGCACAAGAAAGUCGUUGGGGUAUGAUUAAUGGUGCUGGUUGCUAUGCAUCGAUGUAAUAGGCGACAGGUAUGAUGGCAAUACUCCUGUGACAAAGAAUUUACUCGUUCCAUACUACUUAAGAUAGAAAGCAUGAUGACAGGAAGGCGUCUGGCCAGGAGCAAGGGUUUGGACGCUGGAGAUAGCGCUUCGUCACACGCAUCGGCGGGUUUGCAGUCCUCGAGGGGUGAACAAGUUUUAUUUUUCCCCUAAAGAUAAUUGGAUCAGUUAGAUUUUUUAGGAAGCUCGUAUUUUUUUUCAAUCAGUUAGGUUAACAUGCCAAAAAAUUUAUUAUGUAGAUGUAAUGUUAUCUUUUAGGAAAAAACAUGAAGGACAUGCUUUUUAUAUUACAUAGGUAUGGGUUCCAUACUCUUAAGGUGGUUAUUAGGACUAAAAGUCAGUCCUCUCAUAGGAGCGUAAAUAAAGAGAAAAUAGUGUGCCCGAUUAACAUAAUCAGCUUUACUGAUAAAAGUUUAAUGCUGUCCUCUUCCUAGUGAGAUCUUCCACACUAGAUAUCCACGCUAACCAGUGCAUUGCAUAAGGAAUAUCUUAUCUUGCUACUAACAGGUUGUGAACAUGGUGUUGGAGGAGCUGGUGGAAACUGAUCCAUAAUCUCAAAGUAAAUAACCUCCGAAAAAUGCUUAACUUUAUUUUUCCACAUCAGACCCUGUGCUUGACACAAGCCAAUUCAAAUAUGGUUUUCAAAACCACAAUAUUUAUAAAUAAAUUAUCAUCACUGAUAUUAAUAUAAUAUACUCAGAAACAUUAGGUGCAAUUGGUAUCUUUUGAGAUGCAUAUAUUUUUAUAAACUAAAUUUCUUUAAAUAUAUUUUGAGGUUAUGGGGUUCACAUACAGCCUCCUGCCUCCUCUUCAUGUGUCUUAUCAAAUUCCGUCCAUAAUAUUUAAUCUACACCAGGUCAGUCCAUUCCGAGAUGACUCUGGUGGACCUAAUAUCUAGGGACUCUAGGCUGUAAGAAUACUGCGGCAGACGUGACUUAUGAUGCAAUAUAAGCCGGUGAUUUAGAGUAAAUAUUUUUUACAAGCUUUUGUAUUUUGUAGUUUUUGUUAAGUAAUAAACUAAGGCUGAUUUCAGGUGAUUCAUGGUGGUGAUUUACUAUUUCUUAUAAUUAUAAGAGGCUGGAAUGUUCAGUGUGCUUCAAAAGUUGUUACCAUCAUUAUUUUUGUGUUUAUGAUGAAAAAGUGAGAUGAAUUAUUUGUCACUAGCAAAAAUACUUGACCCAGGAUACAGACACUGUGACCAAGUCCACAAAAAUACUGACGAUAGCUUUAGAGUCGGUCUGCAAAUGAGUUGAAAUGUAGCUGACAGACUUACUUUUUAUUUAAGACUAAGUAUUUUGUAGGUAGUCGUCUCUGCAGAUUUUCUAUUCAUUGUCUUAAGUGAGGUGAUUCAUUAUUAUUCAAAUUUCAUAUCAUUUAAAUGUUAUACAUCAUGAAAAGUUCAACUUCAUGAAUAUUGGAGUUCUUUUAUUUCCACAACAGAGCUGUGCUGCUUCAUCAUAAUGUCUGUAUCCCUACUAUAGUGUAGCUAUAGCUUAGUGCCAUAAGCCCAGUAUGCUUAUUUUCUAUAGGUAAUGCAUUUUUCCUCUCUACUAAAUCAUGUGAAAAGUGAAAAUAGAAGCAAUUGAUGGGAGAGUCAUUGUCUGAAAGGUAACCAGCCACCACUUUACACAAAGGAAAGAUUAGGAUUUGUUCAAAAUCUUUUUAACUGAAUUUAAUGGAAUUCUGUUGACAAUCUUAAUUGGCCUCCCUAAAAAGGAAACUAUGAAAAAAACAUGUAAGGAUUGCAGGAGAGCCAAUCAGGAUAGGAUAGUAAAAUGUUACUAGAAAGUGUUAAUACCUGCAAGGAAUAUUCUAGUGCUCAUAAUUAGAGGGAGGGAGGGAGGGUUAUUGUCAUUAUUGGGGGUUAGCGGGUAUUUGAUGUCAUUAUAAAUAGCCUUUUUUUUUUAAGAAUGAGUUUCACAAUUCUUUUAGACUAAUGCAACAUACAUAUAACACUGAUGCUAUUAACUUAUGACUCACAGCCCCACCAGGCAGCUAUACAUACCUAGUUUUAAGUUUUCACUAAGUUAAUCUUUUGUUCGAAACACACGUUAUACAGGGAAUGAGACGCUGGUUUACAGGUGCAUUGUCGCUUUUCUUAUGUACAGUCUCAAGGGAUAACACCGGGCCUCUCCUUCUAUCCACAAUGCACCUCUAAAUCUUCGUCUUGUAUAAUACAGUGUGUGAACCAUUGCCAAAUAAGCAUGAGCAUUGUGUAUUAGGUUUAACAUACAUGAUAAUUAUUUUCUGUUGUUGAUAUGCUCAGAAUCUGCUACGUAGUGAUGAGGGAGCCCACUAAUUUUUUUUUUAUACGUAUUUCUUUGAUCAUGUAAAAUUUUGAAUGGAUUAAAAGAGGGGGGUUAGUUUUGAGAAUCUCUAUACAGUUAAGGCUUACCAAAUCCAUCAUGGUGUUUUUUUAUAAUAAAUUGUAUCGGAACUUCCAUUAGCGAGGCUCACCUUGAAGCAGGCAGGCAUGUGCUACAGACGGGCAGUGCGAGACUCUUAGACAUGCAUUGCCGUCUCCAUCAUGUGCAUACUUAAAAUUCCCUUGGACCACUUAUACUCUCCACUCCUGGGCACAACUGUCACUUUUAUUUUGAACCCAUCAAGUGCACUGCCAGGUACUAGAAAAACGAUGAAGAAAGCAAUCCGCACAUAUGAUAAAGAUGUAAUUCAGCAUGACAUUAAGAUGCACUACCAUGGCAUUGCACUCUCUUGGGUAAUUAUUAUUUUUAUUUUUGCUAUUAUAAUUUGCGUUUUGUUACCGAGUCGGCACCUCUCCAGGCUUAUCUGUGCAGGGUGUGGCGGAGUAAACAUACAUGCUCAAGGCAAGACAUUGUUCGUGUGCCCAGUUGAGUCGAUAUUCAUGUGUGCUAAGCGGGUUGGUGAAGGGUCAGUAGUUGCUCUAUCGGGGACACCAAAAAUAAACGACUAUCAAUUUG